UGACACGCACCUGUGCACCGGCCCGUGCAAAACUGCCGCCGUGCGCGCGGUGACCCUGGCCGGCCCCGUCAGAUCUGCGCUGAGAGCUCCCGAUCUGUGCUGAGAGGUCCCGUCGGUCGGUCGGGUCUUUGAAGAGGACUGGACAUUACGCAUUAGACGGCCACUGACUGAUAGCGGUGCGGUUUCUGCGAUAGUGACCUAGGACGGGAGGCGCCCGCACUGCGAGCCCCGACUCUCUGACGUGAGAUUAGCACACCGCUCGUGACUUUUGAGAGUCGCCCAUUGUUUUGAGAUUUGGUGUGUGGGCGCAUUAGUUCAUGAUUGUGCGUUGAGUGGAGAGGAUCAAGUGCCAGUGAGAGACGGAGAAGGAGAGACAUGUGAUCGAUCAUGGUGUCAGAGCGUGCCGGGAGCGAGAGACCGAGCCGGAAAUGAAGAGGAAGUGGAGAAGAACGAAAAACAGCCCGUCCCUUAUACAUUUAGCUGGAAAAGAUUCAGAGAAGACGCCAGAGCACCGGUCCCUGCAUGGAACCCUGUUGCGACACUUCUCCAAGUCGGCCAUUGACCUCACCAGGUCACGGGACAGGUCAAAUGACAGAGCCGGCACCGGUGAGGACGAGGCUCGAGCCGAGAGCUCCGACAGGAGCGAGGCGUCCGUGCACACCCACAGCCACCUGGCCGAGAAGGUGGCUCUCGCGCAGAAGACGCACGGCUUCCUCAAUACACUGCGGCACCGUUUUCAGAAGUCGCACAGCCGUGACCGUGAGCGUGAGCCGUCCUCUCCCCGUGACCCGGUGAACGGAUCGUCGCGCACCGGCUCCGUGCCCGAUGUCUCUCAGAAGGACCACUCGGACCACGGAGGGGAGUCGUCGGACCCGAGCGGCUCCACCACGCCCAGCACAAAGUCGCCGCGCAAGGGGUCCGAAGGAAGGCUGAAUGGAGAAGCAGGACAGGACUCUGCCCAGCAUGCAGCGCUGCGGCAGCACGAGUUCUUCGUGGUGGACGUCUACCUCAAACACGGCCGAAACCUGCCCGCCAUGGACAAUAGCGGGACCAGCGACCCGUAUGUCAAAUUUAAGCUCGGUGGCAAGGUGGUCUGCAAGUCGAAGAUCGUCUACAAGACGCUGAACCCUCUCUGGGACGAGUGGUUUCAGAUUCCGAUCGACGACCCCUACGUGCCGCUGCAGAUCAAGGUGUACGACCAUGACUGGGGCAUGAACGACGACUUUAUGGGCGAGGCGGAGCUAGACCUCAGUACCCUGGAACCCAACAGAGAGCAGGAGAUGACAUUGAACCUGUCCGACUCUGCCAAGUCGGGCGAGCAGGGAAGCAUCACACUGGCUGCCAACCUGGUGCCAAAAUCCAAAGAGGAACGGGAGCAGCUGGCCGGGGCGGGCUCCAGGAGCACAGACUCGAAGAAGCUGAAGAACCAGCAGUGGAGCAGCGUCGUCACCAUAGUGCUGGUGGAGGCCAAGGAUCUCAUGGCGAUGGACUCGGAGGGGACCAGUGACCCUUACGUCAAACUCAGGCUGGGUGCCGAGAAGUACAAGAGCAAGGUGCAGGACCGCACGCUGACACCGCGCUGGCUGGAGCAGUUCGACAUGCACCUGUUCGACAGCGGCUCGCAGAUCCUUGAGAUCGAGGUGUUCGACCACGACGCGCGCAGCAAGGAUGAUUUCAUGGGAAAGACGACGGUGGACAUAUCGAAGCUGGAGCGUGAGAAGACGCACCGUCUGUGGUGUGAGCUGGAGGACGGCGCCGGCUCCGUGUUCAUCCUGCUGACCGUGUCCGGCAUGACCAACGUGGAGACCAUCUCGGACCUGCUCACCUACCAGGAGGACCCCGAGCAAGUGGACACCAUCCGAAAACAGUUUAACCUGCGGAACACGCUGAAGCAGGUGAAGGAAGUUGGCCACCUCACGGUGAAGGUGUUCAAGGCCAUGGGUCUGGCGUCGGCCGACAUUGGCGGCAAGUCGGACCCGUUCUGCGUGUUGGAGCUGGUCAACUCGCGUCUACAGACGCAGACAGAGUACAAGACCCUGUCGCCGCAGUGGAAUAAGAUAUUCUUCUUCAACGUGAAGGACAUCCACAGCGUGCUGGAAGUGACUGUGUAUGACGAGGACAAGGACCACAAGGUCGAGUUCCUCGGAAAAGUGUCCAUCCCUCUGCUAAAGAUCCGACCCGGAGAGAGACGAUGGUACGCGCUCAAGGACAAAAAGCUGCUGGGCAGAGCUAAGGGCAACAACCCUCAAGUGAUGCUGGAAAUGGACUUAGUCUGGAACCCGGCACGGGCAGCGAUUCGCACGUUCAAUCCGCGCGAAGAGAAGUAUACCAGGCCAGAACUCAAGUUCAAGAGGGCAGUCUUCAUCAGAAAUGUCAACCGGCUCAAAGAGAUGGGCGCCGGCUUCGCCGAAGGGGCAAAGUUCAUCAAGAGUAUUUUCGACUGGGAAUCGAAGCCGCGUACGAUAGCGGCCUUCUUCGCCUUCAUGCUGGGCGCAUACUCGUUCGAGCUGUAUAUGGCUCCGGUGGCACUCCUGGUCGUCUUCUUCAAGGGCUGGGUGGUGAAUCUGGUCACCGCCGGGUUCCGCAGCGCCGACGACGACGACUACGUGGCCGACGACGACGAUGAAGAUGACGACAAGGAUAAGGCCAAAGACAAGAAGAGUUCGGGAGAUGACGAGAAGAAGUCGUUGAAGGAGAAGCUGAUGGCGGUUCAGGAGGUGACGGCCAUGGUACAGAACAUCCUCGGCUACAUCGCCUCGCUCGGCGAGUGUGUCCAAAACACGUUCAACUUCACGGUGCCGUUCCUCUCGUGGCUGGCCGUGCUGGUGCUCUCCGUGGUGGCCGUCGUGCUCUACAACGUACCCAUCCGCUACCUGGUCAUGCUGUUCGGCGUGCACAAGUUCUCCAAGAAGCUGCUGCGUCCCAACGCCAUCCCCAACAACGAACUGCUCGACUUCCUCUCGCGUGUGCCCGAUAACGAUCAGCUGCGCCAGUUCCGCGAGCUGCGGCCGGCGCAGGUGACCGACGCCGAGCGGCGCCGCGAACAGCGCAUGAAACAGUCGCAGAAAAAGACGUCCUAGGACGCCGCCGACGUCACCGCAUCUCGCCGUUCGUCAUUGUCAUCAUCAUGCUGUCGCCAAUUGUUGUGGCUUCCAGUCCGGGGCUCGCGGAUCCUGGCACCUUUGUUAGGCUGAAGUUUUAUCCACUCAUUGCUCUCUUGCCAGUGGUCUGUAGGUAUUGCGUUUGUGUGGAGCGAGUAGUGCGUCUCUGAUCAAAGGAUGAGUGGACGUAAUUGCUCGCAGAGUGCAUUUUAAGUGUUUCAUUCGAGUGCAUUUUUGUUAAGUCCAUGUACUUGCAUAUGCCAUAUCCGUUCAUUUUAUCUAUUAGCCAGUUUUGGUUAGUCUUCUGGGUCUGAGAGCGGCAGUAAGAAUUCGGCGAGGAGUCGCUAUGUCGCCAUAGUGUGGUCUGUAGUUGUGUGCUGGUUUGUCAAUUCAGACCAGGUUACUUGUUAUUGGUCAGGACCUGUCUAGGUAUGCCGUUGAUAAAAUGCAACAACUGUGUUUUUAUCAGGGAUUCGUGGGAUCGAAGUGUAUUAUUUUUGUGGGUCUAAGCUGCGGUGGAUUUUUCAUGUAGGCCAGUUUCAGUUUUUCUCUCGUAAGUAAGAUAGAUCUAGUCAAUUUGCUUUGCAUUUUAUUUUUACUGAGUGGUUACCUGUUCCCGAAUCGUUCCAUUGAGUUUAUGGGGUGAAUGCCGAAACUCCGUAAUUUUCUUCUUCUGGUACAAAAUAGGCAUCAUCAGCCCAUCGUU